UUCAGAGGCUGGCUGGGAGGUGCGCUGGCUCCUGGGGCUGUUUGCAGCCUUGCCUGUGCUCUGCCAUUCUCCUUUCUGCCCGUGAGGCUGCUGGGGGUCUUUGAGAGCCAUUGGAUGCCUGCAGCUAAUCUGGCUUUCAGGAAAGGCAGUGAGGAGGAACGGUGCCAAUUUAUUCCCUUAGACCGAGCCUGAGAUCUCCCGCGGUUGUUUGUGCAACGUAUUGCAAUGUGCCCAACCCCUCCUUUACUCAGCAGCGUCGCUGGAGUACCUGCUGGUCUCCAAACGUCACCAGGCUCUGGUUAUAAAGUGCAGGCAAUAGAGCAUCUCCCCAGCACCAUCUCCCAGAGAGGUGCGUCUUUGAGAAGCAAGCCGCACGCGGGUGGAAAGAUGUUUUAUUCGGGUAUCCUGACAGAGCCGAGUAGAAAAGAAGUGGAGAUAAGGGAAGCAGCAUCCCUUCGCCAGCAGAGGAGGAUGAAGCAGGCAGUUCAGUUUAUUCACAAGGAUUCUGCAGAUCUCCUCCCUCUGGAUGGGCUGAAGAAGCUGGGUACUUCAAAAGAUACUCAACCACAUAAUAUCCUGCAGAAGCGCCUGAUGGAGACAAAUUUAUCAAAAAUACGAAGCAGCCGAGGCAGCUGGACUCCAAAGAGUGAUAUCUCAGCGCAGACCAACAAGCUGAAUCCAACCAAACUGGCCAGCUCAGGGAAAACAGAGCAUGAGGAGCUCAUAGUGGUGAGCUGCCAGUGUGCAGGGAAGGAGCUGAAGGCUGUGGUGGACACUGGCUUGCAACACAACCUCAUGUCGUCUGCCUGCUUGGACAGGCUAGGGUUAAAGGAGCAUCUUAAAGCACUCCCUGGCGAAGACAAGGUGGUUUCAUUGCCGCACAAGGUGAGAGCGAUCGGCCAGAUCGAGUGCCUCGCCCUCACAGUGGGAGCGGUCCCUGUGGAAUGUGCUGCCCUCGUCGUGGAAGACAAUGAGAAACCCUUCUCCUUUGGGCUGCAGACACUGAAAUCUCUGAAGUGUGUCAUAAACAUGGAGAAGCACCAUCUCGUUCUGGGGGAGACAGACAGGGAAGAAAUCCCGUUUGUGGGCAGUGACAGUGCUGCGGCAGGAGAGCACAGUUUGGAGGCAUAAAGAGAAAUUGAAAAACCAUCCCCACACAAGACCUUGACAUCAAAGAAAUCCUGUGCAGCUGUUCCAGAUGAAAUAGCAGCGCACUGCUUUGAAAACAUUUACACUAGGCUACAGUUUGAGUAGAGCUAAAUGAAAUCCUGUUCAGUAGCCAGUAAUUUAGAGAUAUUGUCAUGUUUAUCUAUGGGUUUUGAGAAACAAAUGUGUGCUUAUUUUCUGGACUUUUCUAUAUAGUGUUCUCUUUAUUACAAACAGUUGGGAAAACCGUAUGAAUUUCUUCUGAUGAAAAAAAAUACUUUUUAUAGUGGCCUCAUAUGAGUAAUUGUAUUUAGUUGUGAUUAGAGGCUAUCAGGGUGAAAUUUUUAUUAAUGAUUUUUCCAGGGGCUAAGAAUUUAUAUUCACUUAAUUGAUAUUGCCACAUUCAAAUAGCCAUUACCAGGAAAUAUCUCAGAGUAAAAUAACAAUGGUAAUACCACCUAGGAAUUAUAGUUCAUCCUGUUAGCAUAGUAUUGUUGCCAUGUAAUUAGGGAUGCAGCUGCUGGCUUGAUGAGAAAGAGCAAUUACAGAGUUAUUAAUGGGGUAUAGGCUUCUCUGCAGUGGCAUGGCAGAAGCACAGAAACAGGGUUUGGGAGGGCUCCUGGGGUGAUGUCCUGCAGCCCCGACCUCACCAUGGGGUUGGUGCCGGCACAGGGGCAGCACAUCAUGGUGCUGCCUCGCUGGGGCUUGAAAUCCCCUGGGGAGGGAACCUCCAGGCAGGUCUCACUGCCUUCCUAGCAGGAGUAGUCAGGAAAAUUAAUCAUUGUAUUGAGCCAAAAAGCAAUGAACAAGCACAAAAGUAUGUUGUCCAGGAAGCAGCAGAAACAAAGCCUCACUGGUAUGUCAGGAAACAAAUGGGCACAAUGCGCUCUCAGCUCUCCCCUGCCACUGGGGCUGGUGCCUCCGCCUGCCUGCCCAGCACCCAGCCUGAAGCACCAGCAACACCUGGGCUAUGUGCUGGUGGAGGUUAUUGACUCCAGUUGGACUUUAGUGAUGCUGCCAGAAAUGCCAUAUUUUUUACAUCUAUUUACAAAUUGCCUGGGAUCUUAAGUACAACACUAACCUUGAUCACCCUCAGGGCAGGUGGAAAUUUUCACCAGGACAAACAUUUCAUUUGGUGUUACUGUCCUGUAGCACCAGGGUUGCUAAUUCACAUGCUGCUCGCAUGCAGACCAGAACAAACAUAUGGUAUUGCUUGGGGCAGGGGGGGAGCCUGGCCUUGUACAAAAGCAGCUUCUAGAUUUUUAAAAGCUUAUGGGAAUUAAUGACUGUCAUCUGCUGAAGAGGCAUCUUUAAAAUUCAGAGUAAUAUCCUUGUGAUGUCGUGCAUCUGCCGGUGGCCAGUCCUGCUGCAGCUGCAUCCACAAAGGCCAGCGGUGGGCUGCAGGAGCGGGAGUGCUGCUCCAGCAGCUCUUAGCAAAAGCCCUUUGGCCCCAGGCAGGCACAGGCUACAGCAUGGCUCAGCUGGGCUGUGGGGUCUCCUACAAGGUCCAAGUGGCUGCUCAUGCACUUAAGCCACCCUGCAGACAUUAAUGUACCAUUCGCCCAGGCAUCCCGUGGUGCGUAGCGUCAGCCGCAAGCACCAUUGCCAUCACUGGCAUUUCCACUUAGGACCAGUAACCCCUGUCACCUCGUGGCCAUUGGCUCAGGUCGGAGCCUGUCCCACGAGCCAGGUUCCUGCCAGCUUUAGCCAGUCUGUGCCCAGGAAUGCCAUCUCAUGCCUGCCAUGGCAUCUAAGCUGGAGCUUUAUCUCCUGCAGUGGGUUUGAACCUCUUUUCAAUAUUGGGUAUGACUAGCAAAUCUGAACUAUCCAUAUUUUGAGCUAUUUUCUAUUUUGGUGAUAAGUUUUAGUGCUUUCUCUACAUACAGUAUUUUAUAUAACACAGCUAUAUAUGUAUAUAUAUUUACAGGGUUGGGCUGCCCAGGGCAGUCCCACUGAUGUGUUGUAGAAAUGUUUCACUAAAUAUUAAAUAUAUUUGAUUAUUUAAUAUGCUAUGAGUUUGUUAUUUUGGUACUUUUUUCUGUGCUUAUUACUGUGCUAAAUGUCAAAUUAAAUCUAAAUAAAGUUACAUUGUUAUUGCU